AUGGGCUCAGUGAAUCCAGCGGACCAAAAUACAAUGACUGCUGCACUCAGGAGUUCUCUGGAUGAUUUCCUCCCACCCCCGCCACCGCAGGCCAGUGGCGCACGUCUGGGUGCGAUUAUUAUCUUCAUGCUUGGAGGUCUUUUGUUUUCUGUGAUAGACACAACGAUCGUCUCAACGGCCCUGAUUACAAUCGCCACAGAUCUUCAGAACUUUCAAGACAUGUACUGGGUGGUGCUUGCGUACCUACUCUCGUACCUGGGAUGCGCAAUCGGAUUCGCCAAACUCGCCGACCAUUUUGGCCGUCUUCCAAUAUUCUUAUUUUCUUGGCUCAUUUUCUCCAGCUGUUCUCUCGGAUGCGGUCUCGCUACGAGAAUGUCACAACUCGUUGCCUUCCGGGCUCUACAGGGAAUUGGUGGAUCGGGUCUCUACAGCCUAUCUCAGAUUUCUCUUGCAGAGAUCGCGCCUCACGGCAAGAACGCUUUGAUUGGCAUGCUCAUCGGAAUCACCCUCGCCACCUCCUUCGUCCUUGGCCCUCUUCUAGGGGGCGCCAUCUCUGGAAGUAACUGGCGAUGGAUAUUCUACAUGAAUAUUCCUGCUGGAUUUGUCUGCGUGGUUGGUCUCGCCAUCCUCUGGCCUCAAGACUUUGGCAGACCCAUCCAUCCCUGGCGUGAAUUCUGGAGGAUCGACUUCAUUGGCAAUAUUUUUAUUCUUGCCGCCUGCAUCCUCAUGGUAUACAGCCUACAGCAGGCGGGAACGAUGAUAUUUGCGUGGACGAGCGUCGAAUUCCUUGCCACUUUUGUAGUCUCUGUUGUCUGCUGGGCUUUAUUCUGGGGUUGGCAGCUCAUUCUCAAACAUCUCCCAAUUCAAGUCGAACCAGUCUUUCCGGUCCGCCUCGUUUCCAAUCGAGUAUACAUGGCCGCCGUCGUCGCUAUGUUUCUUUCAGGCUACUGCUACCUAGCAGUCGUCAUCACUCUCCCAGAGCGCUUCCAGAUUGUAAACGGAGAUUCAGCUUUGAUGGCAGGCGUUCACCUGAUCCCUAUGCUUGGAGCCACAUCCCUGGGGUCUAUUAUCGCUGGCGCCUUGUCGAGGAGGAAGAAUAACACCUCACGAACCCUGGUAGCUGCAUCAUGUCUCCAGGUCAUUGGUCUUGGGCUUCUGACCACUUUUAACGCUCCGUCAUCACCCACUGCACCUCAGUUUGGCUACCAGGCAAUUUUUGGUCUCGGCGUUGGUCUGACCUUUUCUUCUGCGACAAUCCUCACUAAGGUACAAGCCUCCGGGAGAGAUCACGCCGUCGCGCAAGGUGUGAUGGCUCAAGUCAGGGUUCUUGGUGGCGCUGUGGGCCUCGUCAUUUGCAACGUGAUUUUCAACAUUCAUCUAGAUUCUCUGGAAGGCAGGCUCUCAACCGUGCAAAAGGACGCCCUUCACCGCUCCCCAAUGGCGCUGAUACAAAUGGGGGCAGCGGCAGGAAAUGGAGUUAAACAAGACGUCGAGCAAGUUUUCUCUGCAUCUUUUCAAAGUAUGGUCUGGGUCAUGUUCUGGGUUGCUGUUGCUGAGGUGGUUGCGAGUCUUUGCACUUGGGAGAUGAACCCGACUUCUCUGGACGAGAUCGAUGAGGCGGCCAUGGCUCGAGCCCACGGCAGCCAUAAACAAGUCGGCAGUCGAGGAGGAAGUGAUACGGAGUUGGAAGAUUUACAUUCUAGCUCUGGUACGAUCUCGCUUUCGGAGUCUGGACGCAAGCGACCUUCCACACCGUCAGCACGUGGCUAUCCUAUCCGUUUUUAG